AUGAGGGGAGGAGGAGGCGCGCGCCGCACCUGCCCAGCGGCCCCCAACGGAUUCGCGGCCGCAAGCGGCCGCGCCCCUCUGCGCCUGCGCCGGGCCCCCGCCAGCGCCCCCUGCCGGCCUCUCCGCUCCUGUCGGGCAGCGCAAGGACGUACACCGAGCGAGGAAAGGACCAAUGGAAGGGCAUCUGCCAAAUGUCGCUCCCAAUCAGAGCGCUCGCCUCCCCACGCCGGGCCCGUGACGGGGCUAGGGAGGAGGCCCCUUGUUCUAAUGGGCUGCGGCCGGGGACGGCGGAGGCGGGCGCCGGAGAGGCGUGAUUGGUUCCCAGGCCAACGGCGGCGGCGCUGCGGGCGCGCGGCCCGUACUACGAGUCCCGUGAGCCCCCGGGAGGCGCCCUCGGAGGCGGAGGCGGCGGGGAGCGGGAUGCGGGGCUGGGGCGACCCCGGAGGGGCGUUGCGGGCGCUGCGAGGGCGGGUGGCGAGCGGCGGCGGCGGCGGCAUGGCGGCCCUGGCCGAGGAGGCGAAGCGGCGGGCCGCCUGGGCCGCCGUCGAGGCCCACGUGCAGAAUAACCACAUCCUUGGAAUUGGAAGUGGCUCUACAAUAGUUCAUGCUGUAAAUCGGUUGGCAGCAAGAGUGAAGCAAGAGAAUCUCAACAUUACUUGUAUACCUACAUCUUUUCAGGCACGCCAAUUGAUUCUGCAGAAUGGCUUAACCUUAAGUGACCUGGAUCAACACCCUGAGCUGGAUGUUGCCAUUGAUGGAGCCGAUGAAGUUGAUGGGGAUCUCAAUCUUAUCAAAGGAGGAGGGGGCUGCCUGACUCAGGAGAAGAUCGUUGCUGGCUAUGCAAAAUGCUUAAUUAUUAUUGCUGAUUAUAGAAAGAAGUCUAAAAGCCUUGGAGAGCACUGGAAGAAAGGGAUCCCUAUAGAGGUCAUCCCUAUGGCUUACAGACCAGUUACCAGGGCCCUGACCCAAAGGUUUGGGGGUGAAGCUGAACUGAGGAUGGCUGUCAACAAAGCUGGUCCAGUGGUGACGGACAAUGGGAAUUUUCUGUUGGAUUGGAAAUUUGAUAAAGUUCACAAAUGGAACAAUGUGAACAUGGCAAUCAAGAUGAUACCAGGAGUGGUGGAAACAGGCCUCUUUAUCGACAUGGCAGAGCGAGUUUACUUUGGUAUGGAAGAUGGCUCAGUCAGCAUCCAUGAGAAGCCAGCCCACUGACCAGCCCUCAUACACCUGGCCUUUACUUGAUAAUCAU